AUGGGUCCACAGGACCAGACAGGAGCGAAACGGAUCAGGGGGAAGCCCGUUCCCAGUCAGCCAGGAUCUCAUGGCCCGACAGUCAUGAACGUGCCGCCGCCAUCAACAGGGUCCAGGGAGGCCUGCGAUGAGUGCCGGAUCCGCAAGGUCCGUUGCAACAAGGAAUAUCCCAAGUGCUCCAGCUGCCGCAAAUCCAACCUCGCCUGUGGCUUCUCGAACAAGGGGAAGCGAGUCAAUCAUACCAAGAAACUGGUGAACGAUGUCGAAAUCCUCGGAAACCGUCUCGGGAAGAUUGAAGAGGCGCUCAUUCGCUGUUUGUCGGCCGUCGAGCGUUCGCAGACUCCGUCAAACGCGACGGCACGGCAAAGCUCGGUUAUCCCGUCUGACGACAGCAGCCAUCCCGACCCCAAUGAUAGUGCGCCUACGGACGGAAACACGCUCACAGAUGCGUCGUUAGAAACGAAUGCCGAAGCAUGCAAUGACCCUACCUUCCCUGGAUCAACCCCGAUUGCUUCUUUUUAUACCGAAGCCCAGGCGGCGUGCGAUAGACUGAGAUCGGUAGUACCGUUCGCGAGUCCAGACAGCCAGCACAGUCCGGCUUCGCCGGAUUUCAUACCAGACCGGACUGGUUCAUUACAGUCACGGCUUCAAGAAGUCGGCGAACUGUUUGAGAAAUUCGCCCGAGAAAGCCCGGUCAUGUCGAUACCCGAGUCCGAUGGCCUGCUGCCUUCAUUACCACCACGAGCGCUGGUGGAGACCUGUCUAGAAACAUACUUUGCCUGCUUGAGUCCCUUUCUGCCCCUCUACAGCCGGCAGAGUGUCAUGGCGGCCAUUGACGAGCAAUACGGACCCCGAGUCAAUAGUCCCGACCCUGCCUGGGUGAUCUCGUUCAACAAUAUUCUUCUGCAGACCCUGGAUGCCAGAUAUAGUGCAGCGACACGAGCGGGUUCCAUCACUCACAACCUCCUGGAAGAGGAGCUCAUCAAAAGUUUGUUGUUAAACUAUCGACGAGGGUACAACAAUUUCGAGAGACUUUUGAGACCACAGUUGGCGAACGUGCAAGCCCUGUUAAGCAUGGUAGGCCGUCCCUUCUUCAUGCAUGGUAUAUUCACUGUCUUACCGGCUCAGGCUUUGAUCGCCUUAAAGUACUUUUCUCUCGCGACCUUCGAGACAGUCUUCGCACAGGCGUGCCAGCUAGCCAAAUCCAUUGGUCUCCAUCAAAGCAGUCCGGACUCGGAGAACGCAGAACAGAAAGAUCUGUGGUGGUCAUUGUUCAUCAUCGAUAAGCACGCAUCUUUCCUGGCCGGCAAGCCUUGCCUGCUUCCGUCGUAUGACUGCGGGCUGCCGUUCCCAGUGGCCAAGUCGGAGCAUCUCCCACGGGAUCAACGUUCGGCACACAUCUCUCUGGCCCGGAUCCAAGAAGACGUCUACCAACGUCUCUACUCGGCGCAAACCGCUCACAAGGGCCGCGAGUACAUCAGUCGUCAAACUCAGCAGAUCAACCGAACAUUGGAUGACUGGGAAAUCCAGCACAAACACAUCCUCUCUCCUGCAAGCACCAUGACGGCCCAGGAAGCCUUCUGCCUCACCGAGCUGCGCUACACACUGUGUACACUCCGGGUCCUGGCUCAAAGGUUGGAACAUACAGCCAACAACCGCCGCUCACGCGUAGAAUAUGCGCGGGCGGGCCUUCGCCUCUUGCGGGAGACAUGUGAUACCCAUGGCGAUAGCGUCGUUGAACUUGCCCUGUACCAAAGUAUCUGCCUGAGUUAUUACAUGACGUUGUUCCUCGAACUCUUCAUUGCGAUCAUGAAAGAGUACCAGCAAGACCAUCGCGCCGAUGCCGAGCUGCUUUCGUCCUUCGCAGCCCACAUGAACUUCUUCUCCGCCAAAUCCUCCCCUACAUCUCAAGCGUCCAAAGCCGCCUACAUGACUAGUCUCUGUACCGACAUUGCUCUCGCCAUCCAGAUGCUCGACGAUGGCUUCCCGCAACAAACAGCCCUGUCGAGGCCAAAUUCUGUCCCGGACUCUCCAGGUCUCACGACCACCUCUACUGCGUCGACCUUUGGACCUGAGAUACUCGAGAGCUCGUCAUGGCCGGCGGGCAUCCCCACCUCAUAUAUAGGAGAUCCCUCCUGGGAAUUAUCCUCCUUUGCCACUGACGGAAACCUUAACAUGAAGAUGCACGAAACGCAGGCCAAGUCUUACGAGCAGUAUGGACUUUCCGCUGAAAGUACCCCCACUGCAGGAUUUGCCUACAGAUCAGACCUGGCGGGGAUGGGCUCGAUGGAGUUUGAUGCAAUGCUUGAUACGUUUGCUUCAUAUGAUCACGUAGGCGCACUUCUGCAUAGCGACCGAAUUUAG